CGCCCCUGAAGUUUGCGCCUCUGUGUCCGAGCAGGUGGAACUGCGCCUGGAUUAAAGACCGGACAUCAAAACAUACAUCUUAAAAAGAUGUGGAAAUCAGUAGUUGGACAUAAUGUGUCCAUGAAGGUGGCAUCGGAGGGAGAUGACUGGGAGACGGAUCCGGAUUUUGAGAAUGAUGUAUCUGAGCAGGAGCAGAGAUGGGGGGCCAAGAGCAUAGAAGGCUCUGGUCGGAAAGAACACAUCAGUGUGGCAGAGCUGAGACAGAACGUGUCUCGGGAGCAUGAGGUAGUGAAGAAGAAGGAACUGGAACAGGGUCCGAAAGCCUCGUACGGCUAUGGUGGAAAAUUCGGAGUGGAGAAUGACCGCAUGGACAAGGUGGCAGUGGGGCACAGCUAUGUGGCAGACGUGGAGCAGCACUCUUCCCAGACCGACGCAGCGCGAGGCUUUGGCGGGAAGUUUGGAGUGCAGAAGGAGCGGGUGGAUAAGGUGACCCUCUUCUCAUUGUGUCUGUUCAUCUACUACAGUGUGGCCAAUAAGAUGGGUCAUGUUGUCAGGGAUACCUGCAAUGGGUUAUGGAGUGAAAUGUUCAUUAUCCGUCUCUGUUGUUUUCAGUCAGCCAUGGGUUAUGACUACAAAGCAGAGGUGAAGGAACAUGCGUCACAAAAAGACUAUGCCAAGGGCUUUGGAGGAAAGUACGGUGUUGAGAAAGAGAAGAUGGACAGAGCUGCAAUGGGUUACGAAUAUAAAGGACAGACAGAGAAACACCAGUCCCAGAAAGAUUACUCUAAGGGCUUUGGGGGGAAGUAUGGCGUGGAGAAAGAGAAAGUGGACAAAGCUGCUUUGGGUUAUGAUUACAAAGGAGAGACAGAGAAACACCAGUCUCAAAAAGAUUACUCCAAGGGAUUUGGUGGCAAGUAUGGAGUGGAGAAGGAGAAGGUCGACAAAGCAGCUUUGGGUUACGACUACAAGGCACAGACAGAAAUGCACCAGUCUCAGAAAGAUUAUGCCAAAGGCUUUGGAGGCCGUUAUGGCGUGGAAACAGAUCGCAUGGAUAAGAGCGCAUCCACUUUCACUGAAAUGGAAUCUCCAACUUCGGCCUAUGAGAAGACACAGCCUCUGGAAGCCUCCACAUCCAGUGCUGGAGCAGGGAACUUGAAGGCCCGUUUUGAGAACAUGGCCCGUGUGUCGGACGAGGAGAACCGUAAGAAGGCCGAGGAGGAGAGGGCCAGGAGACAGGCUAGAGAGAAGAGGGAGCAGGAGGAGGCCAAACGCAGACAACAGGAACAGAUGAGUAGGGAAGAGAUAGAGCCGGAACCAGAGGAACAGAGGCCCCCAUCCCUCCCUGAGGGCAGGAAGCCCCCUCAGGUGACCAGGGAUCUGCCUACACCCCCUCAGGUUAAGAGGGAUCUGCCUACACCCCCUCAGGUUAAGAGGGAUCUACCUGCACCCCCUCAGGUUACCAGGGAUCUGCCUGCACCCCCUCAGGUUACCAGGGAUCUGCCUGCACCACCUCAGGUUACCAGGGAUCUGCCUGCACCACCUCAGGUGACCAGGGCUUUGCCUGAAACCCCCAGAGAUGAGCCUGAACCAGUGGAACAAGAAGACGAUCCGGAGUACGAGGAGCCUCCAUGUCUGCCCCCUCGUUCGAUGGACCUGCUAGACGACGUGGAACCGGAACCGGAACCAGAACCGGAGGACGAGUAUGAGGACAUCGGGGUUCCCGAGGCCCCAGAACCGGAGGACGAGUAUGAGGACAUCGGGGUUCCUGCGGCCCCAGCUGAUGAUAAUGAAUAUGAAGAACUGCCUGCUGGAACAACAGCCGUUGCCCUUUAUGACUAUGAAGGCCAGGACGACGAUGAGAUUUCAUUUGAUCCAGAUGACAUCAUCACAAACAUUGAGAUGGUGGAUGAAUCGUGGUGGAAAGGCACCUGCCAUGGGCGCACUGGCCUCUUCCCAGCCUCCUAUGUGCAGCAAAAAUGAACUCUACCCUGCCUUCGCCUUCAGAAUAACAUCAUUACUAAUGAUUAAUGCAUUUACCUUACUAGAUACUAGAGUGCACGAAUAAAAGCCAAAAUGGGCCAUUAAUGUUUUACGCUGCAGGUCAGGUAAUGUUAUCGACUGCUGAGGACCAAAACAGUUCUUUGUGUCAAGAUUUGUUUUUGCAGUCUACCCUAUGUUACAUUAUCUCUGUAUACUUUCAAUAUACUGGUUCUCAUAUGAAUAUAUGACUCAAUUUAAAAUUACAUUUUUGUAAAUAAGAA